AUGAGCCUCGAGGUACUCGUCAGAAAUCACCUUGAGAUGGAGUCAGCUGGCACGAGGCCACCCAGUUACGACAGCAUGCCAUCAGCAGACGAUAGGCAAGUCGAAGAGCGUACAACUGCCACGGCGCAGUUUGCCAGUGGCAGAGUGGAGCUGGGCGUUCCGUGGAUUGAGAUGGAGCCUCACGUUUCCUCAAAUCGUCCGCAAGCCGCACAGCGACUGCGCAGCCUGGAGCACUCGCUAAGCCGCCGUCCGAGUGUACGGCAACGGUACCAUGACGUUAUGCAGAGUCAUCUCGCCAAGGGAUACAUCCGCGAAGUACCCAGUGAAGAGGUAGACGGUGACGGUGACAAUCAAUGGUUUCUCCCCCACUUCCCAGUGGUUCGAGAUGACAAAGAGACGACCAAGGUGCGGAUAGUUUUCGACGCCGCAGCCAAAUGGGACGGCCGCUCUAUCAAUGAUGAGAUGCACAGUGGCCCGGCACUUCAGACAGACCUCGUCAAGGUCCUGAUUCGUUUCUGCUCUGAACCGGUGGCACUCGUAGCUGAUAUUUCGGAGAUGUUCUUGCAAGUGAUGCUCAGGAAAUCUGACCGCAAGUACCACCGUUUCCUCUGGCGGUUCGACGACGGCCCGGCACACGUCUAUGAGUUUCAGCGCGUGGUGUUUGGUAUCAAGGCCUCUCCGUACCUGGCAGGCAGGGCGGUCCAAGAAGUGUUGCGUCGGUUCGGCCCUGAGUGUCCAGCACACACUAUAGAAGCUCUGGAGCGCAGCCGUUACAUUGAUGAUCUGCUUGCGUCGAGGCCCACAGUCGAGGACGCUGUGAAAAGCCGCUUGCACUGUCAGGAGAUCCUAGCUCACGGUGGAUUCCACUUACGCAAGUGGUUGUCUAAUAGCGCAGAGGUCGUGGAAAGCGUUCCGGUAGCAGAUCGCGCAGCGUCCACAGUGGUCAACGUCGGCGACCAUGUGCACUGCACCCUGCCAACAACGGAGACACUGGGAGUAACCUGGUCAGCAAAGCAGGACACCUUCACCUUCCGCUUCCAACAACCUCAGCUUUCAAAACUCACUAGACGAUCCGUGCUCAGUGGUGUCGCGACAGCUUUUGACCCACGUGGCCAGAUUUCGCCAUUCAUCAUCCGAGCGCGCGUCCUACUGCAGGAUACGUGGCUUCUCGGCCUGUCUUGGGAUGAUGAGCUCCCGUCAACAGUAGCCACUAAGUGGAAGGCGUGGUUUGGCGAACUACCAGCCCUAGCAGCGAUAGCAGCGCCGCGCAGCUUCAAGGCAUCAGCAGCAUCAUCCGUAUCCAUCCAUACCUCCGACCGCCGACCGCGCUAUUGCAGCAGCCACCUACGUUCGAGCUGA